AUGGUUGAGGAAACAAAUGUUGGCAUGAUAAAAAAAAAGAAGAGAAGAAAAAAAGAGGGUUGGAGUGUACCAAGAAGUCUUGCUACGGAGGAGGCACAGUCUUACCCUAGCUGCAGACUAUCGAAAGCAAGUUGGCAUGGCCGUUCACAAAUUCCCUCAAGCCUCAAAAGCCUCCAGAUUUUUAAAAAACACUCACCUUGGCAAAAAAAAAAAAGACUCGGCGAAGAAACAGCCUAUAAAACUCUACCACUAAUUUCAAAUGCAACAAUGUCGUCUCACCAACAAAAAAAAACAGUGGGCUCUAUUCAAAACUGA